AAUGUAAUUCGAAAAAUACACUGACAGAACUGAACCGCCAUCAAAACCGCAUCGAAAAAUGGAACUGUAGAUUUCACAAAAUGUCAGACAAUAAUAAUUCUUGCACCCAAAAUUGUAAAACUCAAAAGAACAAGUGUCAACCGUGCCUGGGUCCAGUUACAGUCCAGAAACUCCAAGAUGGGAAGCCUCUGAUGCCUGAAGACCGGAACCACGACUCCUGCGCUUGUUCUGACCAGAAAAAUCAAGAAGACAGACACCGAUGAACAUAAAAUUGUUAAGUUGUACAAACAAUCUAGCUUUUAAACAUAAAUAUGACAGAAACAGCAAAAUGACUAAAAACGUUGCAAAAAUCGACGUCAAAUCUUGUGUGAAAGCCGAACCGCCUCACCCGUGUGACCCGAUUGUACCCUGUGAUCCUUUGAAACAAGAAGAGGGAGAAUGCCCUACGCCCUCUCUGUGCGUGGAGAAGUUGAAGAACCCUGCACAUGCUGGUGAAAUAACAAAAUGUCUACCAGGGAAAUUCAUCAACGUUACUUCCUGCGCCAAAGAGGAUCCACCACAUCCCUGCGACGCGCUCGCCUGCAAUACGGACCUUACAAAGAGGCGCCCCUGUUCGGACCCUCCAUUGUGUGUGCAGCGAAUCAAGAACCCCGUUACAGAAAAAGAAAAAGUUGAUUCAUGCGAUACCCCUGAAUAAAAUCAGUUAUUUCAAAGUUUUUUCUUCUUUUAAAUGACCUGGCGGGAACUGUGCAGUAUAUUUAUAAACCUAAUUAACCAUUAAUCUUUAACUGCUAGACCCAUUAGCUUUAGAAGAACUUCACUUCCACUAAAAAUCUGUGAAACGGUUAUCAUAAUCAAGGAAGGCAGUAGGUGCUUUAGUAUGUGACACGAAACGCUACGACUUAAGAGAGAAAAUCUAGUGUUCUUUAUUGUACACAAGAAAAAAAAACAAAUAAACAGUGCGAUACAUUAAACACAAAAAAGUACAAUUGGCGGUGACUUAACCGCUUGUCUCGUUGAUAAUCCUGAAGAUCCUUAUGAGGAUAUCGACAAUUAUACAAAAUUUUUGUAUCAGUCGUCUAUAAAUGUGUAAAGAUUCAAUUCAAUCCGACGCUUUAAAGUAGAUAAAUAUCACGUUCAAAGAUUCAGUUAAAUAGUAAAUAUAUAAUAACCGGCCCAAUUUAGGUUUUCUUGUGUUGUGGAUACCAGAAACUGAUAAAAAUACUAAUAUCCGGCUACGAUAUAUGUUUUAAAAUGUUAUAUGGCCCAAAAAUUUAGACCAUAAUUACCACAAUAUAUUCCUAUUCAUCUACUAAAACACUAAAGCAAUUAAUUUCUUUCCAAUAGUCUUGUGACAUUUAAAACAAAACCACUUUGUGAUUUUUUAUGAAAACGUUAUGUACCAUAUUAUGUAUAAUUUUUGUUUAAAAAUCCUCAACUCCUUUUGAUUUGCGCAAUCUUCUUGCACAAAGCUUCAACGAAAUUCAAAGUAACAACGUCAUUCAAAAUUCAAAUCAUGACAACUAGCCAUGUCCGAUCACAUUUCACAAAAAUGUAAGAGCAUACCUAUAACAAACUUACCCACGAAAAUCUGCAAUGUCGAACCAGUACCUGAGCCACCUCCACCAAACCCUUGCACCUUGCAACGAAUAAAACAAAAGGAAAAAGCUGGUAUCAAAAUAUGUCCAAGGAUUCCUGUAGAACAACCGCCACCACCAGCCCCCUGCGUUGCAAUUUGUAUCGAAAAAAUAAAGAAUCCACCCGUACCUCCAAGUGCAAAUGAACCUAUAGUAUGUGUCGUGCAACCGGAGAAAACGACCACAGAGAGAUGCGAUGCUAUUUUGGAUGCAGUUGCUGCACACCCUGAUCUACCCUGGCCUGGUUGUGCGCCCAACCCUUUACCUCCACCUCCACCAAAAUACGACCCUUGCGAAGAACAGCUGAGGAAACAGAAAAUCGAAGAGUGCAAAAAACGAAAGCAACGGUACUUAGAGUGACCAUGGAUAGAAUACUGAAAACCGUUAUCAACAACAAAAUAGAUUCUAUGAUAGAGAAAGUCAGAGAUAAAUUUUGUCAAGAAUUUGGCGAGUGUGCUAAUACAAGAACGUUAAGUGUGGAAUCCACUGUUGAACAACAGAUUGAAUCUUCAAAAAACUUCGAUAAGCAUCUAAACGAAUUGGAAACUUUGAUAAAGCAGUUAAAAGAUGACAUAGAAGUUUUAUCAAAGAAUGCAGAUAAACAAAGUACUAAAGAGAUUACAACCAAAGAAGAGAAAAAUCGGAAAAAUAGAGAAAGUGUUAACGACGAAGGCUAUAGGACGACUGGGUGUCCCAAAAUAAGCCUGAUUGACUAUCCAGAUGAAACUUUAGGAACGCUUAAAGCUGAUGCAAUGGAUUUAAAUGAAAAUCCCAAUAACGCGAUCGAAGAUGGUAAAAUUAAUCAAGAUAAUAAAAGCGAUGCCAGUGAAAUGCGCAAUAAAAAAUUAGGCUCGUUGGUAAAUGAACAAAAUUUUGAAUUAUACGAUAAAUGGGCUGGAAUUUUUAAACAAGCUACUGAUUAAUUUAUAUGUUCUUUCUGGUUCGCUUUCAAACUCACCGAUCACUUUACACUUACAGAUUAUAAUCGAGCUAUAGCAUACAAUUCUAUAACGCCAAUGUAAAAUUGUCACCGAUCUAUAAAAUAAACCGAAAAAAAUAGAAA